CUUCUGGCACUGGUCUGCACAUCCCAUGUCGUUCCUUGGUCUUCGAAAAACACGCACUCCGGCAGAUAAUGCAGACAGCCUCCGUGUGCAAGAGCCGGGCUCGCAAACUCCGAGCAUAAGGUCGACCGGCACGUUCAGAAGCCGCCUCUCGAGCCUCAGUAUUUUCACGCCAAAGCGUCUGCGCUCACACGUCUCGAAGAAAUUCGCAGGCGGCGGUGUGGGCUUCACUGCAGCACGCGAGCCUCAUUCAUACACGCCUUCGCGCUCGCCGUCGCCGGAGCCAUCGCUCGAAAUCAGGAGACCGAGUGGGCUCGGUCGGAGGGCAAGCAUUACGGGUGACUCAGGCGAAUGGUGGGCGGAGGAACCGUACCCUCGGGCACUCGGGGAACGCAAGCGGAGUAUAAGCACACCAGAACUCUCCUUAAUCUUCGCAGAUCGUGAACCUGGACGGGGGACGGAGCACUCAGAACACGAAGGUGGAGCUACAAAGCCCCGUAAAGCGACAUGCAUGCUGUCACGAAUACCGCUAGACCUACUCAAAACCGCUGUCUAUUUCGUGCCCUUCUCUGACCUGCCAGCCGUCGCGUUGACCUGCAAAACCCUCCUCGAGGUAGCGCGUAGUCGACUUUAUCGCAAUGUCGACCUGCUCCGCGUCUCAGACGAGGCGUGCAUCGAUAGAUGCUUCAGCCUUCUCGCGUCCAAACGGGAGGUAGCAGUACUCGUGGAGACGUUCGCUUGCAAGUUCGUCCCGCCAUCGCAUAACCUCGGGAACACUUCACCUCUUCCCGCCUUCACGUUUGCCAUUGCCCUGAACAAUAUGCACAACCUUUCCUCUUUGGUUCUUGCUCGCUUUGAUUCUGCUUUGCUAUUCCAUACGACCUUCCGUCUACGAAGGUUGACUUUCCUCUGCGAAACUUCCUCACAAGGCGAGCUGGAGGGCCUAUUCGCGUGGUUGGCGAAUCAGCCGAAGCUAACGUCCCUAUCGUUUCCUCAUCUCACCCUCGAUAACGAGAGUGUCAAGUGGUUUGCUGCUGCUGGCAGUCAGCUCGCCAAUAUACCCGAAGAAGACCAAGACAGCCAAUCUGACAGCCCUACCAUGUUCCCCUCCACGUUUCUCCCAGCCCUCGACCACAUAGCUGGUCCUGCGCCUCUUGUUAGUGCCAUCGUACCCGGACGUCCGCUGACGUCGGUAGCUGUGCACAUCCACAUCACGAUCUACGACGGGCUGCGGCCAUCAGCCCUAGCUACCGAGCUCACACGAGGAAGCGUGAGCGUGACAUCUUUCUCUCUCGUUACGCCGCGGCACAGUCGGGUCGAUGCAAGGACCAUUGAGCGUGUGCUUAUGGCAGCGGGAGCCGAGCUCGGUACGACACUCAAAGUCCUGGAGAUUGAAACUCCUCUGGAGGACCAGGUAUUGCACAAACAUGUGCACGGGAUUCUACCUCGUUGCCACAGGCUACACACUCUGCGCCUCCGUCGGGACGUCAGCGGCCAGGACUCACCCACGCCAUCGCUAGGAAACCUCGUUGUGUUCCCUACCGCCUCUUCGUCUUCUUCCUUCCUCAGUCGCCCCAUCUCACCCAGCCCCACACCUCUGUGUAUGCAAGAGCGAUCACAGCUCGUCAUAUGGAGCAAACAGUGUCCAACGUUGUCUUCUGUAAUUUUCCCCUCUGGUGGAUGCUGGCGCAUCUCAGAGAGCCUCGCGGGCCCCGUAUACACUUCCAUGGGCCGCGUCAAGACCGUCUAGUCCUCAUCACCAUGCUUUGAUACCUCAAGUGGAGGAAAGUACCUUAUAUAUACGUAAUAUUCCCUUACCGUCUGCUCCGGUUCGUUGCAUCUGAUCAUAUCGCGGAGAUUCGUGGGAGAAGGAGCAUUGCCUAGUAAGUGUGCUUCCUGUGAUU